CUGCUAGCACGAAAGGUUUCUGCUUGCAUGGCCCUGCUGAGAACUGUUAGCACUGCCACCUCCUUCGGGUCACGUUAGGCUGGAAGGUUAAAAGAACCCUUGAGUUGUUGGUUUUGGCACUUAUUGCAUUCAUCUGCAUAGAGACAAUCAUGGAAUGCUCCCCUUGUGGAGGCCUUUAUUUCUUUGAGUUUGUGAGCUGUAGUGCAUUUGUAGUUACUGGAGCUUUAUUGCUUAUGUUCAGUCUAAAUCUUCACACAAGAAUACCACAGAUCAACUGGAAUCUUACAGAUCUUGUCAACACUGGACUCAGCACUUUCUUCUUUUUCAUUGCAUCUGUAGUACUGGCUGCUCUGAACCAUAAAACUGGAGCAGAAAUUGUUGCGGUGAUAUUUGGUUUCUUGGCGAUGAUAGUGUAUGCUGUGAAUAUGUAUUUAGCUGUUAAAAAAUGGAGAAUGAACAGCAGUCAGCAGAACAGCCGGCAGACAAGCAACUACAUUCGUGCUCGGACAGAAUCAAGAGAAGUAGAUCACCACCCUGAGAUUCAGCGUCUUGAUGCGUGAAAGCUACAAAAGAGGGGAUAGACAAUUGUAACAUUUUAUUUUGUCUCAUCAAGUGAAGUUUAUACAGUUUGAAGUUUUUCAUUUUAUGGGAAGAGUCUUGGCAGAGACAAGCUGACCAUUUAUAUUUAGAGAGAGAGAAGUCUGCAUUUAUUCAGAAGCUAUUGGCUUGAAAGCUAUAAUUAUUGGCCAUUCAGAAGCAUAAUCUGUAUACAACAAUUGCAUAUAUAUAUAUGAUGUAUGUUAAUAUUUUAGAUUAAACACUUGUAUAGUUUCUUUCCAGGUACCAGCUCUAGAGAGACAUGCACACCCUGCCACUAUUUUAUCAUCCAGUAAGAAUGCUAUGAUCAACACUAUAUUAAUUAUUCAGUUAAAAAAAAAUCCUCCAAAAAUUAAAUAGAUUUUGUUGCAUAUGAAAAGAAAGUGAGGGACAAAUAGCAAUAACAUAAACCAGCUUUAUUGUAUACCAACUCUAUAUAUACUUCCUCAUUCAGCUUUGCCAAUGCAAUUCACUUCUCACCUGCAAGACCUCCCACAUUGCUGUUCUUGGUGCAUUUUGAAGCUGAAACAGGCAAUCCCAUUCAGUAUUUGGGCUGGUCGAUUGGUGAUAUGGACAGAUGCACUAUGGACUAUACUAAAACCACCAAACUCAUUUCAUGUAUGACCUCAGCCAGAUUUUGAAUUGGGGCUCCUACUCAUUGAAAGACUAGCACUUUCACCUGCUGCACAAUUAAUGCAACCCAUCCAACACUAGGAUGUAGGUAUCUGCUCAUGUUUGAAUAUGUAUUACAUGAUUUUCAUUCAUGAAAUACUUUGGGGAGGUUGUCAAGUAAUAGACUCUACACUCCAAUCAAGGUCCAUUAUUUUCUGAGGUUUCAGUCAUCUGGGAAUUUUAAGGAAAUCAGGAGCCACCAAAAAUGCAUGAUGUAUAUAUUGUAGGAUAUUCCAGGACUGCAACAUUGUGUUUUGUGUAAGAUGAAUACAUUUAUGGCAUAUUUUGGUUUUAGAUUGGUUGUUCUGUUAAAUUAAAAUUGAUUGGUAGUAGGUAAAAUUUAGAUGACUAAAUUAAUCAUAGCUAUAAAUCAUUUUUCUAAUGUUCCUUUGAAGCUUAUUUUACAAAGUGUAUGGUUGAACCUAUUGUUUUCCCUCUCUAUGCUUCCUAUAUUUAUAAACAGUUUUCCUAACGCAAAUUUUCUCACUUCCAUUGAACUUUUAGUGAAGAGAAGACUGUAUUCUUUUGUUGGAGAACUUGAAUUCUGCAAUAAUAUGUCUAGAACCUCAGUCAAAUUUUAUUAGGGAGACUUCACCAAUAUCCUUGUACGCUCUGAUUCAUGUGUCUCUCCUUUGUGUUGGCAUAAGGAUAAGUAUUUACAACAGGUUUCUCAUUUAUUGUAGAUGGGAACAACACCAUACCACCCCCUAGUGGAGUCAAAUUCAAACCUGAUGUACAUGAGUAAAAUUGUCAUUGAAGUCAGUUAAAUUAUAUAUACUCACACCAGAUCUUUGUUCCGCAGACUUGUAGCAUUGUAUUUAUGUGUAACUAUUCCCUGUAUGGGUUGAUGUUUACACUAUCUUAGUUGGAAUCAUAAAUAUAAAAGAAAAAUUCAUAGACGUUGUCCAGUCAGUUUUAAGUGCAAAAUGUAGAUUUAUUUUCAAAACUAAGUUUUAACAAUCCUAAAGUUAUAGAAAUGUUUACAUGAAACUUUAUUUUUGUAAUUGCAAAUGGAACAGGGGAAGCUCUAAAUUUGAACAUUCUGCACUGUUCACUUCUCAGGCAAUGCAAGCCUUGUGCUGAUGCAUAAAAACCAGAAAGUGAAACUGUUUUUCUUAAGUCAUUCUCCAAUUUCUUUGCUAUUUGCAGUACAUUCCACAUUAGUUAUAUCUUUUUUUAAAAUUCUGUUUUAACAAUUAGAUUAAAGGAAACUUACAAUUUUUAAAAUAUUUUAAAUCUGUUAGAAGUUUUUUAUCAUACCAUAUUUAAUGUUAUAUUUUACAUUUUCACUAAGAGUUGUAAUUGAAGGGAGUGCAGGGUUGAGAGUCUAAUAGCUGGAGCUCUAAUGAUCCUCUAGAGCAGGGGUUCUCAAACUUUGUGAUACCACGACCCCCCUCUAAGUUGUUUGUGACCCCCCCCCUCCGGGUCGCAGGACCCACAGUUUGAGAAACGUGACUCUAAAGUAUUUAAAACAGCCAUUUUAUUAAUUAAUUCCAGUGAUGGUUAGCUUUAAUGUUUGUCAUAUGAAAACUGACCCAUAACUCAGUGUGGUUAACCGUGCUAAAUGAUGGUGUGUUCAGUGCCCAUAGGAUAAGUUAUUUUUCAACAUGCUGUACCAAAUAUUGGAGGGAUGAUAUAAUUGGGGUAGUUUGUACGUACUGCUGUUUGGAA